AUGGCUGGCUGCCCCACAUCUUCGGAAAUUGGAGCUCCUCCCACCAAGCGCUUGAGAGAAAAGCAGUUGUAUGCUAUGUUCAGCAAGAGCGACUUCUGGUUACAGCAAGUGGCUUUCUUGGGCCAUUUGGUUUCUGUGAAGGGUAUUGAAGUUGACUCGGGCAAGGACUGGGAGACACCCAAGAAUGUAGCAGAUAUUCACAGUUUUCUUGGUUUGGCCAGCAAUUAUAGGAGAUUUAUCGAGAAUUUUUCCGAGAGCUCUGCCCCUAUGACUCGACUGACGCAGAAGGGAGUGAAGUUCGAGUGGUCAGAUGACUGUGAGAGGAACUUCCAGGAAUUGAAGCAGUGGUUGAUUUAG